AGGCAACACUGUCUAAACCUCCAUUCAUCGUCACGGGCGCUAUCGCUACCAUGCUAGCCCGUCGUAUUAUAAUGAACUUAACUCGUACGUAAUGUCACAACAAUACUACUAAAAUUGUCUUCUGACGUCAUAAUAUUCAAUUUAGCAUUAACGUUGUCCUGCUUGGUGAACUUAAACGCCUCGUGUUAUGGGAACGAGACGAAGACGGGGGUCUCUGCAGCGACGGGCUGUCAACGACAAUGUCCUCCGCGGCUCUCUGACGAGCUAAUUGUGGAUGUCUUAGGCCGGGGAUCAACCUAAAUUUGAAUCAUGCCUGGAAAAUUAAAAGCGAAAAUUGUGGCAGGCCGCCACUUGCCUGUCAUGGACAGAGCCAGUGAGCUUACAGAUGCUUUUGUAGAGGUCAAGUUUGGAAACAUAACAUUCAAAACAGACGUCUGCCCCAAAUCCCUCAAUCCACAGUGGAACUCGGAAUGGUUCAAAUUUGAGGUCGAUGAUGAGGACCUGCAGGAUGAGCCGCUGCAGAUCACCGUGUUGGACCACGACACGUACAGCGCAAACGACGCCAUCGGGAAGGUUUACAUCGACAUUGACCCGCUGCUGUGCAGCGAGGCCGCCUCUGUUAUCUCCGGCUGGUUCCCAAUUUAUGACACCAUCCACGGUAUCCGUGGGGAGAUUAAUGUCCUGAUCAAAGUGGAGCUCUUCAAUGACUUGAACCGCUUCAGACAAUCCUCCUGUGGAGUCAAGUUCUUCUGCACCACUUCAAUUCCGCGGUAUUACCGGGCGGCCAUGGUCCACGGCUUUGUGGAGGAGCUGGUGGUGAACGAAGACCCCGAAUACCAGUGGAUUGAUCGCAUCAGAACUCCUCGAGCGUCCAAUGAAGCUCGCCAGAGGCUCAUCUCGCUCAUGUCCGGAGAGCUACAGAGGAAGAUAGGUCUCAAAGUGCUGGAGAUGGGAGGCAACGCAGUGGUGGGCUACUUGCAGUGUUUCGACCUGGAGGGAGAGUCAGGCCUGGUGGUGCGGGCCAUAGGUACCGCCUGCACUCUGGACAAAGCCACCUCCGGAGGCGGCGCCGCCGCCGUCGUCGCCACCGCACACACGCAUCCCAGCACAGCUCCCGCUUCCAAUGCCUGCAAUUCCCCUUCCAAGGACGGAAAAGAGCCGGUAUUUGGUGAGGACCUUCCCUCGUCAUCCGGCCCGCCCACCCCUCUCAGAGCCCUCCCCACCAACCCCUUCUCUCCUGCCCCCUUCUCCCCCCCCCAAGCCAGCCGCCAGUCCUCCUCAUCAGACACAGACCUCAGUUUGACGCCCAAGACGGGAAUGGGCAGCGGGGGCAGUGCUGGCAAGGAGGCGGGACCCCUGAAGACGCUGCUCAGACAGCAGACGCAGACUGCUCUGGAGCAGAGGGGAGCUUCCUCCUCUGGGUUGUAUUUAAACGCCAGGGAGUUCCCUUUCUUCACCUUGACGUCUUUCCCACCCGCCUUUCUGGUCCACGUGGGCGGAGUUGUCAGCGCCCGCUCGGUCAAACUGCUGGACCGCAUACACAAUCCCGCCAUGGGUAACACGCGCUCGUACAAACUGCUAGACUGGAAUAGUGUCACGGCAGAUGAGCCAGAAACCCGCGACGCCUGGUGGGAGGAGAUACGACAAGAGAUCAAGUCUCACGCCAAAGCCCUCGGUUGCCACGCCGUCGUUGGAUACAGCGAGAGCACCAGCAUCUGCGAGGAGGUGUGCAUCCUGUCCGCGUCCGGCACGGCAGCCCUCUUGAAUCCCCGCUACAUGCGCGAAGGUUGUUUGGAUGUCGCAAGCAUGGACCACAGGUUUGAGGAGCCGUCUCCCUCCAGCUGCGGAUUCUGUCACAUACCGUACGAUGAGUUCAACAUGCCCUUUCCCGCUCAGCUCACCUACUGCUGCCUCUGCAGACGACAAAAGGUCCCCGAUGUUCUGUUUACAACAAUCGACUUGCCGUCCGAUGCAGCCGUCACCGGGAAAGGCUGUCUCAUUCAAGCCAGACUGUGCCGGCUAAAGAAGCGAGCUCAAGGGGAGGUGAACGCCACGGCCAUCUCCAACCUCCUUCCUUUUAUGGAAUACGAACUGCACACUCAGUUGAUGAACAAGCUGAAGCUGCACAGCAUGAACGCGCUCUUUGGCCUCCAUAUACAGAUCAGCGUUGGCGAGAACAUGCUGCUGGGUCUGGCUUCUGCCACAGGCGUGUACCUGACCGCCCUCCCUACCCCAGGAGGUAUUCAGAUCGCAGGGAAGACUCCGGGCGACCUGAGCAACGAGCACCACAUGUUAACCAUCCAGAAGAGGAUCAACGACGCCAUCGCCAAGAACAAAGAGAUCUAUCAGAUCACUCCACCGAAAUUAUUUACCCUGGACCCUGAGGCGCUCGGCGACAUAGACAUGGAGCUCACAGAAGAAGUGGUGGGUUCUCCCAUUCCCGAAGCCAGACAACGAAACAGGCUGUUCCGCUCCCACUCGGAAAGCUCAGACGAACUGUCAGAACUGGACCUCUCUCACGGCAAGAAGGAUGCGUUUGUCCUGGAGAUUGACGAUACGGAUGCCGUGGAAGAUAUUCACUCCCUACUCAUGGAUGCCUCGCCUCCCACGGGGUUCCACAGCUGCAACACUGAGACCAUGCCUGGGAUUUACAACUGGACUUCGGGAAUACAGAUGUUUACAUCAGUGAGGGUGUUAAGGUUGAGUAAUGCCAAUCUCACCAAUCAAGGCUUGAACAAAAUCUUCACUGACCUGUGUGAGAACCUGCUGAAGAGUUUCUACUUCAAGUUGCGCUCUAUGAUCCCCUGCUGUAUCUGUCAUCUCAACUUCACCGUGGCAGUGCCAGAAGAAGAGCUCAUACAGGUCGCCGUGACGGGGGUCGCCAUGACGUUCGACAAAGACCAGACUCAAGAGAAGCCAGCGGACAAGCCCAUCACCCAAGGGUCUAGUGAGACUGAAGAACAGCUGCAGUUCCCUCUGGAGCUCUGCGCCGACGGCCCUUCCACCAACGCGCAGCCGUCAUUAAAAACCUCAGGUGUCUCAGCAAGUAGUGUUGUGUCAUCCAGAGCUGCCUCCGUUGAUUACGGUUCCUUUGCAGACAGAUGCAGCACCUGGCUAGAGCUGCUUAGGCUGAAAGCUCACACCAUAAGACGAGGAUCAGUUAAGACAAUCUCAUCUCUGGAGCGCUCCAGCCCGUUGUUCGAGAACCGGUCCCGCUCGCUGCACUCCAACCGCUGCUCAUUCGGAGGAAGCUCGGUCACCGUGGUGAAGAUGACGCCGUUAUCCUUCCUUCCCAGUAUGCGUGUGGUAAAAUACUUGGGCAUCAUCAACAUGUUCUUCAUUCGAGAGACCACAUCCUUACGAGAGGAAGGCGGCGUGAGCGGCUUCCUCCAUUCGUUCAUCGCAGAGGUGUUCGCCAUGGUUCGCGCCCACGUGGCAGCUUUGGGGGGAAAUGCCGUCAUGUCCUACAGCAUGAAGGAGUGCGUGUUAAUGGAGAAUCCCAAUAAGAACCAGGCUCAGUGUCUCAUCAACGUGAGUGGCGACGCCGUCAUCUGUCUGCGGGAAUCGGAUCAGGAGCCCACGUCAUCCGCGACAAACCUCGCGCAAGCGUGCACCAGUGCAAUGGAAGGGGCUUCAUGACACCUGCCCUCCCUCACUCAGCCACAUACAGUCUAGCCGUCCAAAUUGGUGCAGUCUUCGCCUGCCUUAAUUUUGUCAAAUAUCCCAAAGUUCGGAUGCUGGUCAUAAUAAGCAACACGUACGUACAAAAGAAAACGACAAUUGCUGACAUGGAUUUUUUGUCAUGUGAGUAUUUCCACCACAGUUGCUUGAAACAGAAGGCCAAAGAAGCGCCAAACAUUUGCCUGCUUUAACCGCCGUGUCAGCCCAAAGCUCCGCAGCAUCAUUCGGUUUCGUGACCUACAAUCACAUACUCGUCGAAAGCGGGGUACACUAAUACCGAUCUUAUCAAGUUCUGACAGGUUUCCAAGCAAAUCUGGAUAAAAGAAAAUCACUUAACCUGCAUGAGACAGCCAGUUACAAAGGUCAACAAAUUUUUACUACAGUACAUGUUUUAAUCUCGGAUGCAAGUCAACAUUUCAAUCAAUCGUUCAGGAUAAUCUUUUAGAGAGAUCCGAUAAUCAGACCUUAACUCAAAUUUGACCCGCCUGUUGGUAUGUGUGUACCCGCUUGAGUCAUUUUUCUAAGGGACUCUAUAAUAUUUUAAAUGCACUUGGAUUCUCAUUCAGUGUUUAAUGUCCACAUUUCAGUGGGAGUAUUUCAAAGCGACAGUCAUCAGCAUACACAAAUUUGCCAAGUCUAUUUUGUACUGUCUUGCUCCCAGAAAGCAUCACCAACCACAAUUCUUGUAUGUAAAAAAAAAAAAAAAAGUCACAGGCCUGUUUGCUGCGAUUUAUAAGAUUGACGAUUGGUAAAAUAGUUCAAAAUGGAAUAUAUUCAAAGUAAACAUGGUUUAUUAUUAAAGUUAUCAUGUCUUUGCUCAGCUUGCAUCGCUGCUGUUUACAUGUUUAGUCUAAGUCCUAAUCCUGCUACUGAUUUUUGUCUGUGUUCAUUCAUGUUUUUUCCUUUUUUUAGCAGGCUGUAAAUUUUGCUUUCUAAUCAUUUAUUAUUAUAAUUAUUAUUUUUGUAAGUGCAAUAAAUGCUUGUUUGGGAUUAGUGGUACUAUAAAUCUGUUUAUUUGCUUGGGGUGAAAACCAGGUUGUGACUUUUAUUGUUUUUGUGUCAAAACUUGAAUGUGCUAGAAGCAUGCAGGCCAAAUUUGAUCAGCCAUAAACUUGUAAUGCUUGACUAAAGCUUUCACAAUAAACUCAGUCAAACAAA